GGUGCUGCAGCCUCUGCGGCUCGUGAGAGAGCGAGCAGGCCGGUUGGUGAGAUAGUGAGGGAGAGGAGCGGGGAGCGCGAGCCACAGCGGAGAGAGAGAGAAGACCCGGUAGAGCGCGAGGAGGGAGAGAGAGAGAGAGUGAGUGAGAGAGAGAGAGAGAGAGACCGAGAGUGAACGAGAGGAGAGAGAGCGACGACCGUCAGGGUCCGUGUGCCUGAGGGACGGACGACACGGAGAGGGGGAGGACCGAGCGAGCAAGUGAUCGUCCGACAGACCAACAGACAGCCAGAUUGAAUGAAGCUGCACCUGGUGCUUCUGAGGGCCUUUCCCAUGUUUUGAUUUGCACCAUUUUUUUUUUUUUUAACUUUCUAAAGUUGGUUUCACCGAGCCGCUCCCAGCCAUGCCGUCCAACAGUCCUGCUGCCGCUGAACCGCCCGAGACACCUGAGAACGACAUCACCAAUGAUGUGGGUGAAGAUGGAGCAGACCAUGACAGUCCAGAGGAGGGGACACCAGCGAGCCCCCGCGCCAAGCGCAGAGUGGGUCGUCCUGGCAGGAAACGCAAACAGCUGCUUCCUGAGAUGGCGACCUCUGACCCCUGUGCAAACGCCCCCCCAACCCCGCCUGAGGAGCCGGAGCCCUCCCCUUCCCCUCGCAAGAAGCGUGGGCGUCGGAAACUAGAGCAAACCGAGAAGAAUAAGGACGAGCCAGACGACAGAAACUGUGACUCCCCUAGAGAGGGUGAGACUGGCAGGCUGCGGAGGAGGCCAGUCCCCAGGGUGACUUUCCAGGCUGGAGAUCCGUACUACAUCAGCAGGAGACAGAGAGAAGAAUGGCUCAGCCGCUGGAAGAUGGAGGCGGAGCGACGGGCGUACAGAGAGGCAGAGAUAAACAUGAUGGACGACCUAUCAGAGGGUGACUUCCAGAAAGAGGAGGAGUCAGCCAGCCCAGCCCCUUCCCAUUCACAACAACACACAGACCCUGCCUCGCCAACGGUCGCCAUGACACCGGAGCCAGUUGCCAGGGGAGACCAGGCCACGCCCAGAGAGAUAGAGUACCAGGUAAGGUACCAGGACGGCCGGGGCUUUGGCAUCGGUGUUCUGGUGUUUGGGAAGCUGCGAGGUUUCUCAUGGUGGCCUGGCAGGAUCGUUUCCUGGUGGAUGAGCGGCCGGAGUCGAGCUGCAGACGGGACUCGCUGGGUGAUGUGGUUUGGAGACGGCAAGUUCUCUGUGGUUUGUGUGGAGAAGCUGAUGCCCUUGAGCUCUUUCUCAUCUGCCUUCCACCAGCCCACCUACAACAAACAGUCCAUGUACCGGAAAGCCAUCUUUGAGGCUCUGCAGGUGGCCAGCGUUCGGGCAGGGAGGCCAUUUCCCUCGUGUGAUGCGAGCGAUGAUGCAGAGGGGGUGGAGAUUCAAACCAGACAAAUGAUAGAGUGGGCCAUGACCGGCUUCCUACCCAAUGGUCCACAAUCAUUGGACCCUCCAGAGGAGGAACAAAAUCCAUAUAAGGAAGUGUACCCAGAAAUGUGGUCCGAACCUGAGGCAGCGUACACGCCUCCACCUGCCAAGAAACCGCGCAAGAACUCAGCUGAAAAAGCAAAGAUCAGAGAGGUGAUCGACGAAGGGACCAGAGAGAGGCUCAUAUGUGAGAUCAAAAAGAAGACCAGGAACAUAGAAGAUAUCUGCAUCUCCUGUGGAAGCCUCAACGUCUCUCUGGAGCAUCCUCUCUUCGUAGGAGCAAUGUGCCAGGGCUGCAAAAACUCGUUCCUGGAAUGUGCCUACCAGUACGACGACGACGGCUACCAGUCCUACUGCACCAUCUGCUGUGGAGGCAGGGAGGUGCUCAUGUGUGGCAACAACAACUGCUGUAGGUGUUUCUGUGUGGAGUGUGUGGAUCUGUUGGUAGGAGCCGGCUCGGCGGCAGCGGCCAUCAAAGAAGACCCCUGGAACUGCUACAUGUGUGGCCCCCGGAGCACCUACGGGUUACUGCGGCGACGGGACGACUGGCCCUCCAGACUACAACACUUCUUCGCCAACAACCAUGAACAGGACUUUGAGCCAGCCAAGUUGUAUCCUCCAGUUUCAGCGGAGAAGAGGAAACCAAUCAGAGUCCUCUCCCUGUUCGAUGGCAUUGCCACAGGUCUGUUGGUGCUGAAGGAUCUGGGCAUGCAGGUUGACAAGUAUGUGGCGUCUGAGGUGUGCGAGGACUCCAUUACUGUUGGCAUGGUCCGACACCAGGGUCGCAUCAUGUACGUGGGUGACGUUCGCAACGUAACACGCAAACAUAUCGAGGAGUGGGGACCAUUCGACCUGGUGAUAGGAGGAAGCCCCUGCAACGACCUCUCCAUAGUCAACCCUGCAAGGAAAGGCCUUUUUGGUAAGAGGCUGUCUUUGAAUCUAAAGGGAACCGGACGGUUGUUUUUCGAGUUUUACCGUCUGCUGCAUGAGGCUCGACCAAAACCGGGCGACGAGCGUCCGUUCUACUGGCUGUUUGAGAACGUGGUAGCUAUGGGAGUCAGUGACAAACGGGACAUCUCCCGCUUUCUAGAGUGUAACCCAGUGAUGAUCGACGCCAAGGAGGUGUCUGCUGCCCACCGAGCCCGCUACUUCUGGGGAAACCUGCCAGGCAUGUCCAGACCUCUGACAGCCAUGUCGAAUGACAAGCUGGAACUGCAAGAUUGUCUCGAGCACGGGCGUACAGCCAAGUUUGAGAAGUUGCGUACGAUAACAACACGCUCCAACUCUGUGAAGCAGGGGAAAGACGAGCAUUUCCCCGUCUUCAUGGACAACAAGGAGGACAUCCUCUGGUGUACCGAGAUGGAAAGGGUGUUUGGUUUCCCCGUCCACUACACCGACGUGUCCAACAUGAGUCGUCUGGCCAGGCAAAGGCUGCUGGGACGUUCCUGGAGCGUCCCCGUCAUCAGGCACCUCUUUGCCCCGCUCAAGGAGUACUUCGCCUGCAACUAGUCACGCACCAACUCUCUCUCACAUGCAGAUACCCACACACACACACACACAUAUAUAGACACACACACACACACACACACACACACACACACACAAAAACAGUAUGUAAUGACAGACACACAGUAUACAGCUAGUGCGUGAAGGUUGGCUGAAACAGGAUGACACAGAUGACCGGACAUACACACAUAUAUGCACAUGCACACACUGUAAAGGACUGCUUCCUUAGAUCCCAUGUAGACCACUGGCUGAACUUAGUCCCCUGGUGCUACCUUGCUGAUACAUACAGACACAUGUACUGGUGCAGGGUUUCUGUACUGUAUAUGUUCACACACAGACUUCCUGUCCGACCUUGAAACUGGUGUCUUCUGGCUUUACUGUGUCACAGCAGCUGGAGCUCAAACCUCCAGGGGGCGCAAAACUGACAAAGAUGUCCCAACUUUCUGUUUCUAACAUCCCUCUAAGUGCAUCCACACACCAGUGAAUCUCUCUGAACCAUAACACUUAACUGUAAUCAUGCAUAGUGACAGUGCUGCUGGUGUAUUACAGUGCAAUGAACAUACAAACACAAACACACACGCAUACACACACUCACACCAGUUAAUGCUCGUGGUGCUGGUCAGGCAGUGAUAAGAGUCCAAAUGGUGCCACUUUAAUACAACACUUUUACAGUUUUUGGUGCUCUUGGAGACUGAACGGUCUCUGGUUGUUUCAGUCGCUACAGUUUUGUGUCCCUAACGGAGUUAAACCAAAUGCUUACAAGCGGGUGGAGGCAACAACGGCCAAGAGAGGGGAAUUUUCUAGAUCUAUUUAUUUGUGGAAUAUAGUGAGAGUGUGCAGGAGAGUGUUCAAGAGGAAAAACAAGGUAACCAUGAUCAGACAGAUUCAUAUGAAGCCUUUUUUUAACAUGACUACAACUAAAUCAGAUUAUAAUUUGUUAAGUUUUCUUGGUGGAAAAGCUGCUCUGGAGUUAUAAAUAAUUAACAAACUAAAACAAACGUUUGUGUGGCAAAACAACACCAAAAUAGGUCUGAAUCUUCCCCUGAGGAAGACCACUUUUGUCUUAAGUAUGUCAGCGAUUCCCGCAAUAUGAAAUACUGAAAUAUAAGUGUGAGUUUUGGGAUGCCGCAGCAGUUUGGGAUUAUGUUUUCUCUUUGUUAAUGUUUGCGAUGCUGCAUUUGUUACAUAAGCUUCCACUAAAGAUGGUGCUAGUCUUCCUGGAGUCCAUAAGUACACACAAACAUACAUGGGACAAACUCUAGACACUGACAAUCAGAAAGGAAAUCAAACUUAACAAGAGAAACAUAACAAAAAAAAAGAACUGAUUAUAAAAUAAUUUAAAACAAGACUCAUUUGGAACAUAAUCUAAAACAAAAAUAGAGUAAGGCCUCAUGAAUUUGCUUUACUUUUUUUUUUAAAAAGUAGUAUCAUAGUCAGUAUCAUGGUGUAAAGCCUUGUAACUGUGAAUUUUCAUUGUGCAGAGCACCCUCCAGUGGUCAAACACACCAGUGUAAAGAGAGUGCAUAACAAGGACACACACUAAUGUUGGGGUAAAACAAUCCUUUGUGUCAGCAGUCACUGGAUUAGAAAAACUGUAAGAAAUAAAGACUUAAUGAAGUCAGCUUUAAACAUAAUACCUACUUAGUACCAACUAGCACUUGUCUGCUUUUUAAAAAUAUAUUAUUUCUCAGUGGUUUUUGCAAAAUUGUAGGCUGUAAGUGUACAUUAAGGUUAGCUCAUGCUUAGGUGAAUAUGCUGUGAUAUUCUGCACAAUAGUAGCAUUGUAAGAGUGGGUUUUAUUCCCUGGUGUUUGGUGUCAAUAACUAAUGUCAAUAACAUUUGUAAAAGUGCUGUUGUGUUACAUUGGUUACUGUUAACUGUCGCGCGAAUUACUGUGAUGUUCUUAAUGGUGCAAAAUUGGAAUAAUACUGUAUACUGUCACUUUAGUAAUUAUGUUGUUUGCCUGGCAGAGGCUGUAAACAGACAUUACCCGAAGCUGAGGCUGGAUGUAACAGUUCAUGUCUGCAUAAAGUUAUUCCCAGUAAACCUGGAGCGUAGAUGUCAUAAUACUGUACCAAACCUCCGACUUAAUGGGAUCGUUUCAGUGAAAAAGGACACUAUUUUAUCAUGUUGAUGUACCGGAGGGAAGUUUCUGUUCAAAUAAUCCUUAGACAAAGUCCAGAAAAAAAGUUAUACUGUGAAAAGACGACAUGAGAUAGUCUUUCUAUGUAGCCUGGUUUGUUUUUACCCAUCAUGAGAGUGAUUAUGCACCGUCUCUGCCGCUGUUAGCAAAUAUUGUGACCUUUAAAGAUCAUGAAUACCUGCCAAUAUCAUUUAAUGCUUAGUUUGCUAACCUUUCAAAUGGAUUGUAGACUGUAACUUUGUUUAUAUAUAAAAUAUAUAUUGUUCAUGACAGAUAGAGAUACAAUACAGACCUUAUCUAGGACUCUGAUAUUACACUGCAGUAGUGUGGGCUUUCUGGAUUUUGUAUCAAAAUGUCAGCUUAUGAAGAAAAAGUAAUGCCCUCACACUUUCUCCAUGCCACAAAAGUUUAAUAAAGACAACAUCUUGUUUGUACUUCGUCAGGUCAAAGUGUUUGAGAAGUGGAAACCACACUUACACUUAUACAUUAUGCACACUAGUAGGCUGACAAGCUCAAUCAUGGCAGGUGUGUUCUGUUUCUCAAACAUUUUGACCUGGCGAAGAUCAGGCAUUGCUUUUUCUUCAUGUAUGCUGUUUUCUGACAGCCUUGCACCUAAGUUAUAUGCGCAAAAUUGCUCAUUUUAAACUCCUUAACCAUGCUCGAGAGUGAAAUAUUUUAAUUUCAUUUUAAAACCUUUCUCCUCCCCCUCAAAAACCCCUAAAUGCCCAUGUUUUCUCACAGACAUUUCUUGAUUUUUUUUUAAAACAAGCAGACUUUUAUUUUGUCAAAAUGCAAGUGUUUCCUGUCUCUCAAAGGUCCAGUGUGUAAGUUUUAGGGUGAUGUAUUGGCAAAUAUGGAAUUUUCUCUGGUGUAGAACAUCACCCAAAAAUAAGAAUUGUGUUUUCGUUACCUCAGAAUGAGUCAUUUAUAUCUACAAUAGGAGCAGGUCCUCAUCUACAGAGAUCGCCAUGUUGCACCGCCAUGUUUCUACAGUAGCCAGAACGGACAAACCAAACACUGGCUCAGAAAAACACAGAUUUUUUUUUAAGCGUAAAACUGGUUUAUUCAGUGUUUUUUACUAAUUUUAAUCCCCUGGUCCGUUUGUUUUGGAGAAGAAGAGGUCUCUUGUUGAAAAAAAAAUGUUUCCACUGUUGCAAGCUGCAAUUCUCACCAUUAGAUGCCAAUAUGUCCCCCUAAAACACACUGUCCCUAUAAUGGCUCUACAAAACCAAUAUAUCUUUGGCUCUACCCAAUAAGUUUAAAUUCACCCAGUGAGAUUAUUUCUGCCUCCAGAGCAGCGCGGCCUCUGAGAAACACCAAACUAAAGACUUUUUAGGGAGUUCAUAGUCUUGCUCAAAGCAGCAUCUAAAGUCAAAUGAACUCAUUUAAACCUGAACCCUUGUUGUUACCAUACAGCUUCUCUUGUCUUCUCAGCCAGAAUGUUGCCCUUUUUUGUCUGCUUAAAAAGUGAAAAGUCCACCAGCUCUUGCAGUUACGAUCCUUCUUUGUUUCAUAGGGAUCCAAAAUGUCAUCCGGCAAUCGCAGCGACAUCCAUUGAAACCAGAGGCAGACCUUUACUCUGUAGAAACUAUGCUGGUUUUCUACUUCCUACGACUGAAACAGAUAGCCCUGUAUAAAUAACUGGUAAUAUAUCACACAGAUAUAAUUGUACUACUUGAUUCUGGGUUGUUUCUUCUGCCUUUGUACCCAAUGCAUGCUGGGAUGAACUCAGCCGCUCUGUGACCUUGAACAGAAAUAAGUAAAGAAGGUGUGUCACGAUGUUUUAUUUACACAGGGCUGUCUCUUGAGAAAACAUCUCUUUCAGUCUGGUGCUUUUGGUCCACAGACGACCAUCUUUUUCCAGGAAGCCUUCCGAUCCUCUGACCUUCCUCAGAUACCAGCUAACAACUGGACACAUGCAGUCUAUGCUGACACAUACACACAUACACACACACACACACACACACACACACACACACACACAAACAAACACACACAUCUGCACAAACAGUUACAAAAACCAACAAUAAACCAGCAGGUUCAAUAGUUUUUGUCCAUCAUGUUUACGCUCCGUUUCUACAACCAACCUUCAGGUGCUUUUUAAACUCUUAAAACUCUUUUUUACAGUGCUCUUGCAGGUUACUCACACACACACACACACAUACACACACACACGCACGCACACACACAUUUGCUGGAAACACAGUGCAGACUUUCACGCUUGCUCUAAACUCCUUUCGCUACAAAACAUCAACAUAAACACACAUGCAUACACACUGUGUUUUAGCCGACCGCCUGUUGCCACCAGGCUUCCCACGGUGCCGCAGGGCGUGACAUCAUCCACCCUGCGUUGCUUGGUGCUCCCAAAUACCCCCCACCCCCACCCCUCCCACUCCCGACCCCCAGGUGCUGCAUGUCAGUCAGUCAGUGUAAUCUCCGAUUCCAUGUUAGAUUAGGGCGUAAUGAUAAUAAUAAUCAUGGUAAUAAUAAUUACAAUAAUAAUCUGUUAUUGUGUGUGUGUACUGUUCCAGGUUGGUGCUCAGUUCAGUUCUGUCUCAGCCUAGAGGGGAGAGAGAGAGGCUAGAGAAAGCAUAUAUUACAGUUAGUAUAGUGACUUGUUCUAUUGUACCCAAGGAUGCCGGAAAGAAAUUGUUAAACUGAUGAGCUAAAGGACACUCUUCUCAAACAAGAGCGAGUUGAAAUAACACUGAAGGUAGUGUUGUAAUGGAGUUGGAACUACCAACAUCAUCAAUCAAUAAAUAUACAAAAAUCACACCCAGUAUGAUCUGAGUGAGAGCUUUCUCAUUCAAACCAAAUUAACAUUUUCAGACUUCUUCUGAAAUAUUGGGCAGUUUUAUCUAUUUUAAGGGUGCUAGCAACAAUUCUUUACUGAUCAAUCCACCGAGUUUUUCUCGGUUAAAGGUCCAGUGUGUGGGAUUUUGGAGGUUAUAUUGGCAGAAACUGAAUAUAAUACAAUAACCAUAUUUUCUUUGGUGCAUAAUCACCUAAAAAAUAAGAACUGUUGUGUUUUCAUUACCUGAGAGUAAGCCAUUUAUAUCUUCAUAGGAAGCGGCUCUGUAUAGAUAGCCAUUUUGCGGCACUAUGCUUCUACAGUAGCCAAGGAUGGACAAACCAAACACUGGUGCUAGAUAAGGCCAUCACAGUUUCGCAUUGACCAUCGUAGUUAGUAACCAUUGUGUGACAAGCAGCGUUAAAGAGACACUGAUUUGAAAAGUGAAAAUGUUUUAUUCAGUGUUUUUACCAGUUAAAAACACGGGGUCCAUUUGUUUUAGAGAGGAGGAGACCUCUGCAGAUAAUUUGGCUCCCGGUAAAACCUCCUGAACAUUUGGAUCUUAGGUUAUCAGAGAAAAAAGGUGAGCACACAUUAGCAGGUUCUGGGCUAGCUGCCCAUCUGCGACGAGCUAAAAUUGUAGAAGGAACACUGAUUUGUGACGUGAAACUGCUUUAUUCAGUGUUUUUACCAGUUUAAAUCACAGGGUUGUUUGUUUUGUAGAGCAAAAGACCAGCUUCCGGUUAAAACCUCCUGAACAACAAACGCUGAAGGAAUUCUAACUGGGAGAAGUUUCGGCUAGUUGCAAUCUGCAAUCCUCACUGCUAUAUGCCACUAAACCCUACACACUGCUUCUUUAAUCGUUCAGACUAAAAACAAACCUCAAAUAGUGAAAAAUACCAAUCUAAAGUUCCACAGAGCCAAAUAUGAGGUCUUCAAACAUCUUGUUUUUUACUAUCGUAGAGGACUUAGAAAAUAAGCUAAUAUUCACAUCUGAGGAGCUGGAGCCAGAUCAUUUUUCACUUUAAAUGAUCAAUCAGUUAUUAAAACCGUUGUUGUUGCUGCAGAUUCAUUUUCAUUCCAGCUUUUGUUUUACCCCUCCACACUUCUAAAAAAAUCCUUCAAAUGAAACAAAGUGAGAAGGGAAAAUCUUCAGCACAGUGUUUCGUUGUGUUGAUUUGCACAAUAAAAACAACUAAAUGGCAUACAAACAACAAUGAAAUAGCUGACGGUUUAAAACCUUUCCAAAGGUUCCUAAAAUAACUCUUAAGGGGCUCAGUAGAUGAUUUAAGGGAAAAGAAAACACAUGUCACAGAAAAUUGUUCAGUUUUUAAUACAUUUACUCCAUUAUUUUGCUUUUUUCCUGUAAAAUAUUGGAUACUCUGACCUUCUUGUGACCCAUAAAACUCCUCCUAAUGAGACAAAGACAACAGACAAAAAUCACUCUUUAUUGAACUGCUCACAAACUGCAUCUACACUAAGUAAAGUUAACGUGUGAUGAGUUGGCAUUGCUUUGUUUUAAGAGGUUAGAAUCCACUUUUUAACAACACAUUAAAGGAAUCAAGACAAUAAAACAAAAGUAUGCUCUGUAGUAGGGCUGGGCAAUAUAGAAAAAAAUAAAUAUUACAGUGUUUUUGACCAAAUACCUUGAUAUUAUGACAAUAUUGUCAGGUUGACUAUGAGAUUUCUGACUAAUACCCAUCAGUAAUGUGGAUAUAAUGACUAAGUGGCUAAGGGAAAACAGAACAGAACAGCUCAGUCUGGUAGGUUCAGAAUAUUGCAUCACUUUACUGUAAUGCAGCCUUUAAAACCAAGAAAAGACAACACUUACUAUGUCACAACAUCCAAAAUCUAAAACAAUAUCUAGUCUCAUAUCACAAUAUUGAUAUAAUAUUGAUAUAUUGACCAGCCCCACUCUGUAGGACUUUACAGCAGAUGCAGUUUAACCAAAUAAGAGAAGAAGCUCCUCUUAUAUCUGAAAUUUUUAACUCUGAUUAUGAAAUGUCUGAGAAGAUGAAGACAUGAAAUGCUUUCUUGUCUUUGAAUUAUAUCUUGAACAUAAAAAGACAUUAACAUCAUACAUUGUAAUAAGUUGAGUUCCCUGACAUAACAAGGUUGCUCGUGGUUCACCAACAUGUUACGAGCGGUUACGACCAGUUGUUGCUGAUCUUAAAGGCUCACAAGCCAAACAAAAAAGUUGUAAACCACCGGCUCAGCAGCAGAACUUCAGAUAAUUUCGUGUAAUUUCAACAAGUACCUGUUUGAGAGUGCAGUCGGACAGAGGCGAAAAGGAAUGGAGUCGAUAUUUUUAAACGAUGGGUGACUCGGUGAUGAUGUUUCUGUUCGCCUAUCAACAGCUUUUAGGCUGAGUGAUGCGCUGUUUUCAACACUGAUACACUUCCAAACACAUCAACACACAGAACACUGUUAUUAACACACAGAGACACAUGCACAACACGUACAAAUACAAUGCUGUGGCGCAUGCAGACACUCAUCUCAUGGACUAAAGGAAAGAUGAGCUUUUAGGAAAAGAGGAGGACAUGGUGGUGUUUCAAAAGGUGCUAAAAUUUUAUCUGAAAAUAAGAAAAAUAUAUUGUUAGGAGUAUAAAUCAAGUUUGUCUUUACAAUGACUGUAUUUAAGUUUGUCGUAGUAAUGAAAAGGCACUAUUAUUAUUUUACUCUUGUAUGAAUAUGAACUAAUUAAAAGGCAUUUUAACUUUGUACUUGAACAAUGUAAGAAAUGAACCGUGAAUAAAAAAGGACUGUUUCUUGUGA